UUUUUUAGUACAAGUAAUUACAAAAAUCUUAAAUCUACAAAUAUAGAAAAAUUAUUAAAAAAAGGUUUUGGUAAAAUUUUAAAAGAUGUAGAGGAAUUUAAUUUAAAUUCAAGUAAUUGGGUUUUUAAGGAAGUUUUAAGACUUGAAGUUCAUACUGUUGAAUAUAAUCCAAUAAAAGGUUCAUCUUACAUUGAUCUUCCACAAUGGAUAAAAAAUAAACAAGCAAUUAUUAAUAUUAAAAAUAGAGAUGACAAAUGCUUUAUUUGGAGUAUUCUUAGAUAUCUUUAUCCAAAAGAAAAAGAUGCUCAAUAUUUGAAAGACUUAAGAAAGUAUGAGUUUUCACUUAACACUAAAGGUCUUACUUUUCCAUUGAAAUUAAAAGACAUUACCAAAUUUGAAAAACUUAAUCCAGAGAUAUCAGGAAUAAAUGUUUUUUCAAAUGAUGGUAUGACUAUUUAUCCUUUGAGAAUGGCUGAGAGAGAUUGUAAAAAUACUAUUGAUUUAUUUUUGCAUGAAGAAGAUGGUGAUUCACAUUAUUCACUUAUUAAAAAUUUUCAUCGUUUGAUUAAGUCACAAUUAACUAAAAGUAAGGAUGGUAAAAUAUUUAUUUGUAAGAGAUGUUUUACUCAUUUUACUAAAGAAGAAUUACUAGAAAAACAUAUUAAAUAUUGUUCUAAUAAUCAAACAGUAGCUGUAAAAAUGCCUGAACUAAAUACUUAUUUACAUUUCAAAAAUUACUAUAAACAACUUCCUAUUCCUUUUGUAGUUUAUGGAGAUUUUGAAUGCUUUACCAAAACAAUGAAUAGUUGUACUCCUAAUCCAAAAGAAUCUUAUAAUUAUAACUAUCAAAAACACGAACCAUCAGGAUUUUGUUUUUAUGUUAAAAGUAUAAUACCUGGAAUUCAUAUUAAACCAAUUAUUUAUACUAAAAAUUCUGAGGAUGAAGAAAUUGCUAAAAUAUUUGUGGAAAAAAUUGCAGAAGUAACAAAAUCAAUUUAUAAUGAUUUUUAUUGUAGACCAAAACCUCUUAGACUAACUAGUGAAGAACAAAAAUUAUUUGAACAAGCUAAAACUUGCCAUAUUUGUAGUUGUGAAUUAAAAAAUGAUAAAGUAAGAGAUCAUUGUCAUUUCACAGGAAAGUAUCGUGGUGCCGCUCAUAACAAAUGUAAUCUUAUGUGUAAAAAACCAAGAGUAUUACCAGUUAUAUUUCACAAUCUUCAGGGUUAUGAUGCACAUCUAUUUAUUAAACAACUUGCUAAAUUAGAGGGAAAAUUAGAUUGUAUUCCAUCUACUGAAGAAAAAUAUAUUUCGUUUUCUAAAACUAUUAAAGUUGGUGAGUACAAACAUAUUAGUGGUAAAAUUCUUCCAAUAAAUUUUGAAAUAAAAUUUUUAGAUUCAUUUAAAUUUCUUCAAACAUCACUUGCCAAUCUUGUAUCAAAUUUAUCAUCAGAUGAUUUUAAUAAUACAAAACAUGUAUUUAAGUCUAAUACUUCAUUAUUAACCCGUAAAGGAGUUUUUCCAUAUGACUAUGUUUCAUCAAUUGAUAAAUUAUCUGAAACACAAUUACCACCAAAAGAUGAAUUUUAUUCAAAACUUAAUGAUGAAGAUAUAUCAGAUGAAGAUUACCAACACGCAAUAAAAGUGUGGAAUAAAUUUGGAUGUAAAACAAUUAAAGAUUAUCAUGAUUUAUAUCUCAAGUCUGAUGUUUUACUAUUAGCAGAUGUAUUUGAAAAAUUUAGAUCAACUUGUCUUAAACAUUACAAGCUAGAUCCAGCUCAUUACUACACAUCUCCAGGGCUGGCUUGGGAUGCAUGUCUAAAAAUAACAGGACAACAUCUAGAAUUAUUAAGUGAUUAUGAUAUGUUAAUGAUGUUUGAGCGUGGCAUUCGUGGUGGCAUUACACAUAUAUCAAAACGAUAUGCAGAAGCAAAUAAUAAAUAUAUGAAAAAUUAUGAUCCUGAAAAGAAAUCAACGUUUAUUCAAUAUUUGGAUGCAAACAAUCUUUAUGGAUGGGCUAUGAGUCAAAAUCUUCCAACUCAUGGAUUUAAAUGGAUGAAAGAUAUAACAUUGGAAAAGGUAGAUGAAAUUUUAGAUAAAACAAAUCAUAGUAUGUCAAAUAAUGGAAAAAAAGGAUAUAUAUUUGAAGUUGAUUUGGAAUACCCUAAAAAUCUAUGGGAAAAACAUAAUGAUUAUCCUCUUGCACCUGAGAAUAUAAAAGUUAAUGGUGUUGAAAAACUAAUAUGUCAUUUUAAACCCAGAAAAAAUUACGUUGUGCAUUAUCGAAAUCUUAGACUAUAUCUUGAAAUGGGUAUGAAGAUUACUGCUGUACGUAGAGGAAUAUCAUUUUAUCAAUCUCCUUGGAUGGAACCAUAUAUUAGAAAAAAUACUGAACUUCGAAAGACAGCAGCUAACAGUUUUGAAAAAGACUUUUUUAAAUUAAUGAAUAACUCAGUUUUUGGUAAAACAAUAGAAAAUAUAAGGAAAAGACAAAAUAUACAUCUUGUUGAUAACCGUAAGAAAGCUCUCAAAUUAUCAAGUCGUCCAAAUUUUGAUAGAUGUACAAUAUUUGAUAGCAAUCUUAUUGCAGUUCAUAUGAAAAAAACUGAAGUGUAUUUUAACAAACCAGUAUAUGUUGGUCAAUCAAUUUUAGAUUUAUCAAAAACUCUAAUGUUUGAUUUUCAUUAUAAAUACAUCAAAAAGAAAUAUGGAAAAAAAUCUGAGUUAUUGUUUACAGAUACAGACAGUCUAAUGUAUGAAAUUGAAACAAAAGAUUUUUACAAAGAUAUAUACAUUGAUGUAAAAAAUAAAUUUGAUACUUCUGAUUAUCCAUCAGAUCAUCCUUCCGGUAUAAUUACAGGAGCUAAUAAAAAAGUAAUAGGGAUGUUUAAAGAUGAAGUAGCAGGAAAACAGAUAACACACUUUGUUGGAUUGCGACCCAAACUUUAUAGUUUUAAAAUUGAGGAGGAAAGUGAAGUUCGAAAGUGUAAAGGAAUAAAGAAAAAUGUUAUAAAAAAGAAAUUAGAUUUUGAUGACUAUGUUAAAUGUUUAUUUUCAGGUGAAAAAAAAUUGAGAUCUAUGAAAAUAAUCAGAAGUGAGAAACAUGAUAUAUAUUUAAGAAGUAUAUGA